AUGAGCUAUGGCAAUGCCAAGCGAUUACUUAUCAGGCGAACCACGCUCAGACAACAUCCAGCCAGAGCCGGCUCGAAAGUCCUGAUGAAUUCCUCAGUCCGCAGAACAGCGCUUCACCUAUUCCUGCCCUCACAGUUCGUAUGGGGAGAACGUCCCAUCAUGGUUAUGUGUGACAGCGGCUAUGGUCUGGCCCGGCCUGGCUUUAGUGAAGUCAAUCAUGGCGAAUGGAGGCGAUUCGCUGAGGUCGACGACUGUUCCGACCGCAUAAUCUCCCUGACUGACGUAGUACGUGAUGUUGGGGUCCGUGACGUCAUAUUUUACUCUGCCAGUCGGAGAGGAAACACCAGUCGAUGUGGCCAAAACGUUGCUGCCCCCAAGCAAAACGUAAUGUUGGGUCUCGCCAGACUUGUUUAA